AUGAUAAAUAAUCAUAAUCAACAUUUAUUAUUUAUGAAUACAAUGAUGCCAUCCAUGACAGCUCAAUCAUCUCAACAACAACAACAACAGCAACAACAAGAAAAUCAAUAUGAUCGUUCUUCAAUUAAUAGUCAACAAUGUUUAGCUGAUAAAAUUCAAGCUGUACGUCAUCUUUGGGAAUCAGAAAAUCAAUAUUCAAAUUCUUCACAACAUGUUCAUCAAGUAUCAAAUUAUAAUCAACAACAAAAUUCAUCUAUGAUUGAUCCAACUGUAAGUAAUCAUAUGAAUACAAAUUAUCAACAAGCAACACAUGGUUUUAUUCAAUUUCAAUAA